UUGGCUAUUGCCUCACCUUCGUCGCAGGUGUCGGGUCAGCAAUCUUGAAUGCGGCGUUGAUCGGCUUUGUGUCUCGACUGCCGAAUCCGGGACGCGGAGCUUACAUCUUCUCCUUCGGGCAGGGCGCUGCAAGUGUCAUAGUUUGCCUACUCGGUUUCGUCAAAAUCAAGACUUUUCACGCCUUGACCGCAUGCUUCCUCGCUGUCGCAGUCUACUGUGGAAUUACGUAUUGGGUUGGACGCUACCAUUUCAGGAGAAACGCAGUGCUGAAAGGCUACUUUAUUCUUUUUCUUGGCAACAAGAACGACGCGAAUCAUGCGAGUAAGGGCACAAGCGAAGAGGGUCGACUAGAUGAUGAUGAUGAGGACAACAUAAUCACAACAUCAGGAGAAGAGCAGGAAGAUGACGAACAAGAGGCGAUGGAACAAGGUCUAUUGGAAGAAUUCCGAAAACUUCCCCGUCUCUGUCCUAAGAGACGUCGGAGCAGUGCUCUGAGACAGGAACGGGUCUUUUUGACGUUUCGUAAACGAACCGCGUUGGAUGCGGAGGUGAAGAAAACAUUGGUCCUGGUUCCUGCCGUUGCUGUUUCAUCCGCUUCGGAAAAUAAUGACUACUCGAAGGAAGAGCAGGAGGAGGAGCUGCUGCCGGUAGAAGAGGACGAUAAUGAUACGCAGAAAGAACAAGAUGUAACGAACGUAAGCAGUGCCAGUGCUGUUCUUGUGCUCGAAGAAGAUAACUCCAAGACUGCAGCUAGGAGGACCAGCGACCAAGUCUACGACAGGAUCAAAGAUCAGCAAGCGGAGAACGUUACCAACCUAGUCGUGGAAGAAAAAGAUCUGCCUUCUCGUUCCCUAUGGGCCAUUUUCUGCGACGCGUGGCCAGUGCUCCUUUCCAAGUACAUCAACAUGGUCGUGCUCAUGAUGGUCUUUCCUCGUGUGCCAAGGGAUGUGCGGCCUUACGUAGAAAUAGAUGGUGGCACAACGGGUCCCGAUACUAGUAAUCGUGAAGCCGCAGAUCAACAUGCUGCACAGUUUUCCCAGCAACUGAUCGUCACAGUCGCAGGAGCCGACGUUUUUGGCCGCGUGCUCUCAGCACUGAUGCAGAUGGCAGUAGAAGCUUGUUGUAAAAAAGCGCGUAGUGGACGUCGUACUUCGGCUUCUAGGAGUUGUAAGGCGGGUCCGCCUACACCAUCCUCACCGGCUGAGGAGACUGAGAAAGAGAGUAACAAGAGCGCAUCUGCUUCUCCCGCAUCGUCUACAGCUCCAUCGCUCUGCUUUAAGCUCUGUCUCUUCAUGGCUGCGAUUGUUCGAGGUGUAUUAUUCAUUCCAAUCUUGCUGGAGUUGAAAAGAGAUAGUGCGGGUAGAUGGAAAUAUAAGUAUCCUCCAACACAAUCACAAGGAACAGGAGUUGUACCAACACCUCCAAAUACUACACCUCCAACGACUGCAACAACUUCACCUCCAACUUCUCCAACAAUUUCUCCACCUCCACGCCCCUCUCUCCUCGACAACUCCGACAUCACGAAGUACGUCACUCUAGCCGUGUUUGGCACAUGUGGCGGUGCACUCACAUCCUUGACAAUGAUGACAGUGGGGAAAACGGUUACGCGGAAGAGCGAGAAAACACUAGUAGGAACGAUGCUCAGUGCAGCCGUCGUCUUGGGCCUUUGCACUGGGUCUGCUCUGUCAUUGAUCGAUUUUUAGACAGCUAUUACUAAUACUAUUUUCCCUAUAUAUUAAUUUACAUUGAUUGGUCUACCUCUACCUCUAACAACUCCCUUCAAUUCGCCCAAUUAAAUCACCAUCUGGAAAACGAUAAAAAACCAAGCCCUACUAGAGGUUCCUCGUGAUCUUAUAUUCUCUAAUCAUCCUUUUCCUUACCAUGACUUGACAAUGGUGCAUAUCUUCCACAUCCUCACCUUAAACAUGUAGUUGUUUGUUCUCUAGCAUACCAUAAUCCCCAUAGAGGAUCAUCCGGCACCUGCUCAAACAUAACGACCCCUUUUUUGUCCUGAGAACGGGAAUUCAUGCAUGCUUGGCGUGUUAGUGCACGACACCAUGCAAAGACAUCACUAAUGAAGGUGCACUAGCCGUUUCUGUGAAUCUAUGGUCUUGGCCUCCCCGAGGCAGCAUUCGAAAUUCACUUUAUAAAUUUCUCUCGUCGC